UAUAUAUAUAUAUAUUUACAUAGAAGAAUUAUUCAUAAAGUGAAGUUCAUUUUUCUACUCAUUUUUCCCUAUAAAACAUCUAAUUGUUUCAUUUACUUCUUUCAUUCAUCAUAAAACUAUUUGUUUAUUAUUUAAUCAUUAUAAAAGAAAUUCUUUAAAAGAGAAAAAAAGCGAGAAAAAAAAGAAAGAAAGAAAAACAAAAAAAAUACAAUCACUGUAAGAUUAUUUAUACUGUAUGUAUAUACACAUAUAUAUACAGAGUUUAUUCAUCAAUAUGAAACAAAUCAUUGAAAUUAUCACUUUUCUGAUUUUAUGUUCAAUGGCUGAAUAUAUGCCAGUUGGUCAAAGUGUUUCAUUAAAACAGUUUGAUCCAGAUAAUGAAGCACUUAUUAAUGAAUAUUUUUCAUCAGAAAAAGUCGAUGAAGCUGCUGAACAUUGUUUACGUUUAAUUGGUAGUAAAACAAUUGUAUCACAUAAUAAUCAUAAUUAUAAUAAUAAUGAAAAUAAUUUAAGUUAUACAGCACGUAAAUUAAAAUGGAGACAUUGUAUUCUUAAAGAAUUAGAUCGUAUUAAUCGUGGUUUAUUUACAUGGAAUAUUGGUUCAUUAUUUAAUUAUCAUAAAGAUAUGAAUACGGUAGAAUAAAUUCAAUAAAUAGAUCAUUAUUAAACAAAUUGAAACAUCAAAAAAAGAAAAAACCAUAGAAACAAAAAUACUUCAAAAGAGACUAUAUUUCUUUUUUCCACCUCAAAAACAAUAAUAAUAAUCAUAAUAAAUGAAGAUACUACUUGUAAAAUUGUAAUGAAUUUUAUAUCUGA